AUGAAAUUCUUGUUGUUGGGCUCGACCCUCUUACUAUCAACCGUUGUGCAGGCACAUCCGGGACCACAUUCCCAACCCGAUGCCGUACAGUUGGCCCGGCGCGGAGCCGUGGCAAAAAGGUGUUCCGACACGGUCGGCCUCAUGAAGAGGAACCGGCAUGCAAUGCGCCGACGGGCACUUUCGCUAUCCGACGAUGAUGAUGGUACCACCACCUACACCAUCACAGCUGAGGCUCCCAAAUACGACUUCUUGAAGAAUGACACCUGCAUUCUCACGCCGGAAACUAGCCCGGGGCCCUAUAUUUAUCCGCGGAGUCAGACUCUGCGCCAGGAUAUUGUCGAGGAUCAAAUUGGGGUACCCUUCGUCAUGGACAUUGGCCUCAUGGAUAUCCAUACCUGCGAGCCCUUGACGGAUGCAUUAGUGGAUGUUUGGCACUGCAAUGCCACUGGAUCGUAUAGUUCCUUCACUGGUCUGAAUCCAGAUAUCUCAUUUCCUGAGCAGUACUUUGAAAGCACUGGUACGCAAAUUGACGCGGAUAGCGGCAUGAGUGAUGUCUCGUUUCUAGCAACGGACGAUACAACCUGGCUUCGGGGCAUGUGGCCCACCGAUGAGAAUGGCGUGACCAGCUUCACCUCGAUAUUCCCUGGGUUUUAUACCAACCGUGCCAUCCACAUUCACGUGCAAGUGCACACAAACUGGAGUAUAACCAGUAAUGGCACCAUAGGUGCAGGCAGAACAGUCAAUACGGCCCAGUUGUUUGUCAACGAAGAUGUGGCUACAGAGAUCAUGGCAGUACCUCCGUAUUCCCAUCACACUCAGAUCCAGCGGAAACCAGUGUCAGAGGACGGGGUUUAUUAUGAGGAAUCGUUGACGGGGGCCAUGGCUAUCAUGGAUACGGAGCCGCUAGAUGGUCAGGAUUAUAGGAAUGGAGUCCUUGGGUAUAUUACCUUGGGUGUUGAUACGACCGCAAUUCAUAAUGGAACCACCGAAGAUCCGAAUCCCCCUAUCCCAACCGGUGGAGGUAACUAG